UUACUUCCGGGGCGCGCUCCGGCGGCGGUUACCAGGGAAGCUGGGUUGCUAGGGAAGCAACGGUAACACGCUCCUCUUCCAAUCACUCCUGGGCCGAGCCCCUCCCACCGCCCCCAUUUUCCCGCCCCUAGUCUUCGCAGGAUGUUCAUCUACCUGAGCAAGAAGAUUGCAAUUCCUGGUAAUGUUCGGCUAAGAUGUAUAUCUUGGAACAAGGACCAAGGUUUCAUAGCAUGUGGUGGAGAAGAUGGAUUGUUGAAAGUUUUAAAAUUAGAAACACAGACAGAUGAAGCUAAAUUAAAGGGACUUGCAGCUCCUAGCAAUCUGUCAAUGAAUCAGACCCUUGAAGGUCACAGUGGUUCUGUGCAAGUCGUGACCUGGAAUGAACAGUAUCAAAAGCUAACAACCAGUGAUCAAAAUGGGCUCAUCAUUGUGUGGAUGUUGUAUAAAGGUGCUUGGUAUGAGGAGAUGAUCAACAACAGAAAUAAAUCUGUUGUUCGAAGUAUGAGCUGGAAUGCUGAUGGACAGAAGAUUUGUAUUGUGUACGAAGAUGGGGCUGUGAUUGUUGGUUCAGUGGAUGGUAAUCGUAUUUGGGGGAAAGAUUUGAAAGGUUCACAACUGUGCCAUGUAGCAUGGUCCUCAGAUAGCAAAAUUCUACUCUUUGGAAUGGCAAACGGAGAAAUUCAUAUUUAUGACAACCAAGGGAAUUUUAUUAUGAAAAUGAAACUGAAUUGUUUGGUGAAUGUAACUGGAGCAUUCAGUAUUGCUGGAAUACAUUGGUACCCUGGUACAGAGGGCUAUACUGAGCAAGAUUGCCCUUGCCUUGCUAUCUGUUUUGACAAUGGAAGAUGCCAGAUAAUGAGACAUGAGAAUGACCAAAACCCUGUUUUGAUUGACACUGGUAUGAAUGUAGUGAGUAUCCAGUGGAACCACUGUGGAAGUGUGUUGGCUGUGGCAGGCUUUCAAAAAGCAACUACUCAGGAUAAAGAUGUAAAUCUUGUGCAGUUCUACACUCCAUUUGGUGAGCAUUUGCGUACACUGAAAGUUCCUGGCAAGCAGAUGUCAGCAUUGUCCUGGGAGGGUGGUGGACUGAAGAUUGGGUUAGCUGUUGAUUCUUUUAUAUAUUUUGCAAACAUUCGGCCAGAUUACAAGUGGGGUUACUGCUCCAACACAGUGGUUUAUGCAUAUACCCGACCAGAUCGUCCUGAAUACUGUGUGGUUUUUUGGGAUACAAAAAACAAUGAAAAGUAUGUGAAAUAUGUUAAGAGUCUGAUUUCCAUAACCACUUGUGGAGACUUCUGCAUUUUGGCAACUAAAGCUGAUGAAAACCAACCUCAGGAGGAGCAUGAGACGGAGUCAAUUGGUGCAACGUACGUGCUGGUUCUCUGCAAUUCUAUUGGUACGCCCCUCGAUCCAAAAUAUAUUGACAUUGGACCAUUAUUUGUUACAAUGACCAAAACCCAUGUGAUAGCAGCUUCAAAAGAAGCGUUUUAUAUCUGGCAAUACCGUGUUGCCAAGAAACUUACAGCAAUGGAAAUUAAUCAGGUAGCACGGACUAGAAAAGAAGGCAGAGAGAGGAUUUAUCACAUUGACGAUAUCCCUUCUGGAGCUGCAGAUGGAGUGCUUGAUUACAGCAAGGCCAUUCAGGGAACAAGGAAUCCAAUCUGUGCAAUAACUGCAUCUGAUAAGACACUAAUUGUGGGGCGUGAAUCUGGCACCAUUCAGAGAUACAGUCUCCCUAAUGUUGGCUUACUUCAGAAGUAUGUCCUGAACUGUCGGGCCUAUCAAAUGUCUUUGAAUUGCAACUCCAGUCGUCUUGCUAUCAUAGACCUUUCUGGAGUUCUAACUUUCUUUGACUUGGAUACGCGGGUAACAGACAGUACAGGACAUCAAAUCGUUGGCGAGCAGCUAAAGUUGGAGCGCAAAGAUGUCUGGGAUAUGAAAUGGGCCAAAGAUAAUCCAGACUUGUUUGCUAUGAUGGAGAAAACAAGAAUGUAUGUUUUCAGAAACUUGGAUCCUGAGGAACCCAUUCAGACUUCUGGAUAUAUUUGCAACUUUGAAGAUUUAGAAAUUAAAUCUGUUCUUUUGGAUGAAAUUUUGAAAAAUCCUGAACAUCCUAACAAAGAAUACAUCAUUAACUUUGAGAUCCGAUCGCUACGAGACAGUCGAGCAUUGAUUGAGGAGGUUGGGAUUGAAGAGUCUUCCCAAUUCAUAGAAGAUAAUCCACAUCCUAGACUUUGGCGUCUCCUGGCUGAAGCCGCUCUUCAGAAGCUAGACCUACAAACUGCUGAACAAGCAUUUGUGCGCUGCAAAGACUAUCAAGGCAUUAAAUUUGUGAAGUGCCUAGGCAAUCUGCAGAGCGAGUCAAUGAAGCAAGCUGAAGUGGCAGCUUACUUUGGCCGGUUUGAGGAAGCUGAAAGAAUGUAUUUGGAUAUGGACAGAAGAGAUCUUGCUAUUGGUCUACGGAUAAAACUGGGAGACUGGUUUCGAGUAUUGCAGCUAUUGAAAACAGGCUCAGGCGAUGCAGAUGACACUCUUCUUGAACAAGCACAUAAUGCUAUUGGAGACUAUUUUGCAGACAGACAAAAAUGGAUAAAUGCUGUACAAUAUUAUAUACAAGGAAGAAACCAGGAACGUUUAGCUGAAUGUUACUACAUGCUAGAAGACUAUCAAGGACUAGAGAAUCUGGCUAAUUCACUUCCAGAAAAUAACAAGUUACUUCCUGACAUAGCUCAUAUGUUUGUCAGAGUGGGGAUGUGUGAACAAGCUGUGACUGCCUUUCUGAAAUGUAAUCGACCAAAGGAUGCAGUAGAUACCUGUGUACAUCUCAACCAGUGGAAUAAAGCUGUUGAGUUGGCUAAAAAUCACAAUAUGAAAGAGAUUGGAUCCUUGCUAGCUAGAUAUGCGUCUCAUUUACUGGAAAAGAAUAAAAUCCUUGAUGCCAUAGAACUCUAUCGUAAAGCCAACUAUUUUUUUGAUGCUGCUAAACUCAUGUUCAAGAUUGCAGAUGAAGAAGCAAAGAAAAGGACUAAACCUUUACGAGUCAAAAAGCUUUAUGUAUUGUCAGCUUUACUUGUAGAACAGUACCAUGAACAAGUGAAAAAUGCACAGAGGGGAAAAGUUAAAGGAAAGAGUUCAGAGGCUACUUCAGCUUUAGCUGGUUUGCUAGAGGAAGAUGUUCUUUCUUCAGCUAAUCGCCUCACAGAUAAUGCCUGGCGAGGAGCUGAGGCUUAUCAUUUUUUUAUACUUGCACAAAGACAGCUCUAUGAAGGUUAUGUAGACACAGCAAUGAAAACAGCCCUUCACCUGCGAGAUUAUGAAGAUAUUAUCCCUGCAGUUGAGAUCUAUUGCCUUUUGGCUCUCUGUGCGUGUGCCAAUAGAGCAUUUGGUACUUGUUCAAAAGCCUUUGUUAAACUGGAAUCCUUAGAAACCCUUAGCUCUGAACAGAGACAGCAAUAUGAAGAUCUUGCAUUGGAGAUAUUCACUAAACACUGUCCUAAACAUACCAAAAAAUCUGAUCUGGAUGGUCUUCUGGAGGGUGGAGAAGGGAAACUUCCAAUCUGUGUUGCAACAGGAAGAUCUAUCACAGAAUAUCAGUUCUGGAUGUGCAAUGUGUGCAAGCACUGUGUGCAGGCCCAAGAAAUAAGCAAUUACAACUUCUGUCCUUUGUGCCAUAGUUCCGUGACCUAGUAAAAGAAAAAGAAUUGUCAGUGUGUCCUUGUGUAUCUACCAUUACAAACAUAAAAGACUUCAAGAUUUCAAAGUGGGUUAUGAAAUGUAAUACAGGCACUACACUGUUACAAGAUGCUACUAAGAUUAUUAGAGGAAAAUCUUUUUUAGAAAGAAACUAGAAUGACAGGAGUCUCGAAGAAGAUGUAAUUGUGAACCCUCUUUUAUAAAAAUGGGUUAACAGGGUUUUUUUCUAAGUGUAAACAGGGCCUAAGAUUAAAAACCAACAAAAAUGAAUGCAUGUUUAUCUCUCUCUGUGUUUCCUUUGAGACACUCUAGGGGCUUGUCUACUCAGGGAAGUUAGUUGGCAGUAAGCUAGGGUAUAAAUUUAAAAUACAGUAGCUACUCUGCACUAACUCCCCAUGUGGAUAUUGUUAUUGAGCACUGAGAGUGCCCAUGGUGUUACUGGAAGAUUUUGAUUCAAUUAUAUUAAGCCAACAGUGUUGCUCAGAAUCACUACUUUUAAUUUGAAACCCUUUAUUUCCAAUGUAUCUAUUCCGGUACUACCGGUUGGGCUGCGCUCUAAGGGAUUUUCCAGGGAAAGCCACAGUUAGCCAAUUUUCCCUUGAAGGACACAGAUACAGCCCUCCAAUUAAGAACAGGCAACAAGCAAUAAAUUAUUUGAAAACAAAAAUAAUAUUUAUUUAGAAGUGAUUAGUUACAGUAAAAGUACAGAUAGAGGUAAUACAAUUAUAAUAUAAACCUGAAGCAGCGUAGCAAAUAAAGACAGCACUACAAUUACAGUUUCAAUUGACUGUCACAUAUAAUGUAACAAUAUAAUCACACACUUAAUACUCUAUAUCAUAUAACAAACAUAUACCAGUAUCAAUUAACAUUAAAUACUUAAAAACUAAACAUGCAACCAGUGCUGAUCAUUAGGUGAGUAGGGAGAUCUCACUCAGACCACAGGCAUCCAGCUUAAUUUACACUUUAAACCCACAUGCUCUAGGAUGCUCAAAUAAAAGACAAUAAAACGUACAAAAGCCUUCUUAAAAAUCCCUGUGAAUCCUCUUAGAAAAGUCCUUCUGCUCUGUCUGAGGCUAGGGUAUGGUGCCUAGGGAGCGUGGUCUGGUAGCAGGCUGUGAGCUGCUGCCUCCUCCUCCUGAGGUAAAGAGUCUCCUCAGGCAGGAGAGACAGAAGCCUGUUGGUCACGGCUGCUGUGGAGAUCUCCUGCUGGCUGGUGGCAGAAAUGGCCAUUGCCAGGGGCAAACCUGGAAUCCUGAGUGGGCUGCUGCUGUUGGUGCUUUAACUUUCUGCCUUUCAAGCAGCCUCUUUCUUGCCCGGUUUUUCUGAUGCUGCAGCCACUGUCCUGUAAGCGCUUUUCUUCCUUGGAGGUGUUUGGCAGAGCUCCGCUCUCUUGUUGGUCCUGGUCCCCUACAGAGUUGUAAUCGGCUGGCUGCUGCCUUUAUAUAUGUUU